AUGGCUGAUUCAUCGCUAGAAAAUCAGCAACAGUUGCAACGACAGAAGCGUCUUCUUAGUAUUUUCUUCUCCAAACAUGUACCGCAUGUACCGACCGAAGAUGAGAGAAAACCGUAUCCGCAAAACAGUGCCAACUUUCUUUGGCGUAUCUUCUUUUGGUGGCUAUCGCCAGUGAUGAAGACCGGUUACACAAGAACGUUACAGCCCGAAGACUUGUUCUACUUAACGGAUGAUAUAAAAGUUCAAACUAUGGCAGAUAAUUUCUAUCGAUAUAUGACAAAUGACAUAGAGAGGGCAAAACAGAAAUGGGUUGCCGAGAAAUGCAAAAAGAGAGGCGAAACAUUGGAGACUUCAUCCGUUGACCCUGAGCAGGACUUGAAAGAUUUUGAAUUGAGUAAAUUUCUCACGGUUUGGGCAUUGGCCAAGACAUUUAAAUGGCAAUACACAUGGGCUUGUGUAUGUUUAGCAUUGAGCAAUGCGGGACAAACAACUAUGCCCUUGCUCACAAAAAAACUUAUUCGUUACGUGGAGUUGAAAGCAAUGGGUGACGAAACCGGUAUUGGGAAAGGGUUGGGAUACUCUUUUGGUACUGCAGCCAUUGUGUUCAUUGUUGGUGUCUUGAUCAAUCAUUUCUUUUACAGGUCAAUGAUGACCGGUGCCCAAGCGAAAGCAGUAUUAACCAAGGCAUUAUUGGAUAAGUCAUUUAAAUUGAGCUCAGAAGCAAAGCACAAGUACCCAGCAUCCAAGAUCACCUCGAUGUUGGGCACAGAUCUUUCUAGAAUUGAUUUUGCAUUGGGAUUUCAACCAUUCUUAAUUGUUUUCCCAAUUCCAAUUGCUAUUGCUAUUGCCAUUUUGAUUGUCAAUAUCGGUGUUGCCUCGUUGGUGGGUGUCGCAAUUUUAUUUGUGUUUAUGAUUGGUAUUGCAUUCUCGACAGGUGCAUUAUUCAAGUAUAGAAAAAAAGCCAACUUUUUCACAGAUACUCGUGUUAACUAUAUCAAGGAAGCAUUGAACAACUUGAAAAUUAUCAAGUUUUACUCAUGGGAACCACCAUAUCAUUCAAACAUAUCCGAAGUGAGAAAGAAAGAAAUGAAAAUUAUAUACCGAAUGCAAGUGUUGAGAAAUAUCGUUACUUCAUUUGCCAUGUCCUUGACGUUGUUUGCUUCGAUGACUGCGUUCUUGGUUCUCUACGCAAUUGCAAAUGGCAGAAGGGACCCAGCAUCGAUCUUCUCCUCACUCUCUCUUUACAACACUUUGACCCAACAAGUUUUCUUACUUCCAAUGGCCUUGGCGACCGGUGCAGAUGCAUUUAUGGGUAUCUCACGUGUUGGUGAAUUUAUGUCACAGAGUGAAGUGCACCCAGAAGAGAAUAGAAUUGAAGCUAGUCCGGAGACGAAGGAAGAAAUGGACAAGGAGGGCGUAGCCAUUGAUGUUAAACAUGCUGGAUUUGAAUGGGAAAUUUUUGAUGACGAUGAUGAUGACGAGAAGGAGAAGGAGAAGAAAAAGAAUCAUAAUGGUGAAGGAGCAGACGAUGAAAAGAAAAUGAAGAAAAACACACAAAAUAAAGAUGCCAAAAACUCUGCUGAAAUAGAAACUGUUCAUGAAUCGCAUCAUGACAAGUCAUCUUCAAAAGAACAUAGCUCUUCAUUGGAUGACUCUUCAGAUGAGGAGGUUAUUUUCAAUGGAUUAACAGAUAUCAAUUUUCAAAUUAAAAAAGGUGAGUUUGUUGUCAUCACUGGUUUAAUUGGUUCUGGUAAGUCCUCGCUUUUGGCAGCAAUGUCAGGUUUCAUGAAACGUUCUAGUGGAUCAGUAGACGUUAACGGUUCGUUGUUACUUUGUGGUUACCCAUGGGUUCAAAAUAACACAGUGAAGGAAAAUAUUAUAUUUGGUGCUGAAUAUGACGAGGAGCGUUACAAAAAAGUCAUUUAUGCUUGUUCUCUAGAGGCAGAUUUGGAGAUUUUGCCUGCUGGUGACCGUACUGAGAUUGGUGAGCGUGGUAUCACUUUAUCAGGUGGUCAAAAGGCUAGAAUCAAUUUGGCGCGCGCUGUAUAUGCCGAUAAGGAUAUCAUCUUGAUGGAUGACGUAUUGAGUGCUGUUGAUGCACGUGUUGGUAAACAUAUUAUGAAUAAUUGUAUUAUGGAUUUGUUGAAGGACAAGACAAGAGUUUUGGCUACACAUCAAUUGUCAUUGAUUGGUUCAGCUGAUAGAGUGAUUUUUCUUAAUGGUAAUGGAUCGAUCGAUGUGGGAACUUUUGCCGAGUUGAAGGAUACAAACCCUGGAUUUGGCAAAUUGAUGGCGUACAACAGCGAGCACGAGAAAGAGGAGGAGGAAGAGGUUGAAGAAAUAAACGAAGAAGAGCUCGAAGAAGAGAGAAGAAUGAUUGAACGUCAAUUGACUAGACGUACUACGCACACUGUCAAAACUGGUAUUAGUGAAACUGGUGCUGGUGGCGAAGCUGGUCCUGAAGAUGAAGAAGCACGCCAUCGUGAAUUCAAUUUGGAUGAAACUGUUGACGGUAAAUUAAUUGAUGCCGAAGAAAGAGCUGUUAAUGCCAUUGGAUGGGAUGUUUAUGCUAAAUACAUUACUCUUGGUUCCGGCAGGUUUACUCCGUAUUUACUUCUUCCAGUGUUGCUCACAUUCAUGAUUUUGGCAACGUUUUGCCAAAUUUUUACCAACACAUGGCUUUCAUUUUGGACUGAAUAUAAAUUUGAUAAGCCAGAUAAAUUUUACAUUGGUAUUUAUAUCAUGUUUACAUUUUUGGCAUUUUUCAUGUUAACUAUUGAGUUUAUUAUCUUGGUUUACAUCACCAAUACUGCAUCGAUAAUGUUGAAUGUUCUUGCAGUCAAGCGUGUUCUUCAUGCUCCAAUGUCAUUUAUGGAUACUACUCCCAUGGGUAGAAUCUUGAACAGAUUCACAAAGGAUACUGAUGUGUUGGAUAAUGAGAUUGGUGACCAACUCCGGUUUUUCCUCUUUACGUUGUGCAACAUUAUUGGAGUCUUGAUUCUUUGUAUUGUUUAUUUGCCAUGGUUUGCCAUUGCAAUUCCAUUCCUUGGAAUGUUGUUUGUUUCUAUUGCAAAUUAUUAUCAAGCAUCGGCUCGUGAGGUUAAGCGUCUUGAAGCGGUGCAGCGUUCCCUUGUGUAUAACAAUUUUAACGAGACAUUGAGUGGUAUGGCCACCAUCAAGGCGUAUCAUGCUGUGACCAGAUUUCUUAACAAGAAUAACUAUUUGAUUGAUAAGAUGAAUGAAGCUUAUUAUGUUACCAUAGCCAAUCAGAGAUGGCUUGCUAUUCAUAUGGAUUUCAUUGCUGCAUUAUUUGCAUUACUCAUUGCCUUGCUUUGCGUGAACCGUGUUUUUGAUAUUGGUGCAGCCUCGGUUGGUUUGAUUGUGUCGUAUGUUUUCCAGAUUGCUGGUCAGUUAUCCAUGCUUAUCCGUACAUUCACUCAAGUUGAAAAUGAAAUGAACUCGGCCGAGAGGUUGAAUGCAUAUGCGACGAAUUUGCCGGAGGAAGCGCCAUAUGUCAUCACUGAGAACACACCUCCACCAAGCUGGCCUACCAAGGGUAGUAUCGAGUUUGAGCACGCUUCAUUGGCAUAUAGACCAGGAUUACCUUUAGUUUUGAAGGACUUGACAUUUAAGAUCAAUCCAAUGGAAAAGAUUGGUAUUUGUGGUAGAACUGGUGCGGGAAAGUCUUCCAUAAUGACUGCCUUAUAUCGUUUAUCAGAGUUGGAAAGUGGUAAAAUCGAGAUUGAUGGUAUUGAUAUCUCAACUUUAGGAUUGAGGGACUUGAGAUCGAAAUUGUCCAUCAUUCCUCAAGACCCGGUGUUAUUUAGAGGUACCAUUAGAAAAAAUUUGGAUCCAUUUAAUGAACACUCGGAUGAUAAGUUAUGGGAUGCAUUAAGACGUACAGGGUUAAUCGAAGGAGUCAGGCUUGAAGUUGUAAAGAAGCAAAUCAAGUCACACAAUACAGAAGAGAAAAUUGACAACUCAGCAGCAACUACAUUGAACAAGUUUCACCUUGACCAAACUGUUGAAGAUGAGGGUUCGAAUUUCUCACUUGGUGAACGACAACUUAUUGCAUUUGCACGUGCCUUAGUCCGUGAUUCCAAGAUUCUUAUUUUAGAUGAGGCUACCUCAUCAGUGGAUUACGAAACGGAUAGCAAGAUUCAAGAAACAAUCAUUAGGGAGUUUGGUGAUUGUACAAUUUUGUGUAUUGCGCAUAGACUUAAAACAAUUAUAAAUUACGAUAGAAUUCUUGUGUUAGAUAAAGGUGAGAUUAAGGAGUUUGACACGCCGUGGAACUUGUUCAACUCAAACAAUGGUAUAUUUCAGCAAAUGUGUCAGCGGUCUAACAUCACUGAGCAGGAUUUUUCAAAUGCUCAAAGGUUUUGA